AUGGCCCGGUCCAGCGGAGUUCAUUUCCUCGCGCAGUCAGUCCUGCAGGCGAAGGGGCUCGAGACUCUCACCUUGUCACCCUUUGAGAUCCACUUCUCCCAGACCCGCAUAAGGUCAGAGUUUCAAGAUGGGCGUCCUUUGCAGCUUGCGCUGGAUGAGAUCCAGGUGAUGCCCAACGGGCAAGGAGAGGACUUUCUCCUGGUGCCGCCAUUUCCCCGAAUCGAGGUUACGAGGUGGCGCUGCAAGCUGCGGGACAGCACUGGCGCUGCAAAGCUGAGCGAAGGGGGCCAGGAGCUCUACAGCCAGGAGGAGCGCUGGUUCAGCUUUGACAAUCGCCGGCUUUGUUGCCUGCAGCGCGCUGCUGCACAGCAUUGGCCGAAGAAAGUAUGCUGCGAAGUGGUUGAGAUCCCACAGACAUUGGCGCGGACCCGCGAGUUGCGAAAGUUCGACACGCGAAAUACCGGGCUGAGUGUCCUCGUGGGGCGACGCGAUGAUCCCAAUCCGGAGAAAUGGUGCUGGCGCACGGAGGUUGGAUUGCCCACUGAGUCCGAGCAGGAGAUUGGUGUGGUUCUGCCCGGUCUCCGCCAUCGGGGAGGGCGUCCACAGGAAUCUGAGCAAGGACACCUUCCUUUCAAGCGCAAUGGACGACGGAGGUCCAA